UAUGCACUGGUUCACUUGACAGCUUAGUUCAGCUUGUUUUUGGGCAUUGUAAAAGUAUUAGGAAGAGGAGGAAGUAAAAUGAAGGUGGCUUUUUACUGCAUUUUAUACUUGACUUAUGAGAUUGUUGAAGCUAACAUUUCGGGUGAAGAUGACUGUGGUUUCUCUGAAGCAUGGUUGGAGCAGCUGACUAUAUGGAGGGAAAUACAGAAAUCGGGAUUUCACAGGGAGUUAGUAACCGAAGUGCUUUGUAGCACUGAGAUACCCGGUGACCUCCGGGUUUUGCUGGUACAACGCCUCCCCAGUGGGGUCUACAUAGACCGAUACCAGUUAGCAUCACAUCGAUCGGAGGCAGCGUUACAGGUGCUGCUGGACACUGAGCUUGACCUGGAGGCCCCCACCUACUCAUCCGCAGAUUUCACCACCUUCCUCUUCCCCUCUUGGGACCUUGAUGGAGGAGGGGUCCGUCGUCUCCUAGCAAUGGUGCCGAUCCACAUGCGGUACCAGCGGCCGUCUCGCUCAGGGGAGCGGUGGGAGCGGGUCGACAUUGAGGCUCCGCACCUGUUACUCCGUACUGAUUCAUGUAAGCAGCCACCCCUGCUUCCCCCAUACCGGCUGGUGGAGUCCCCCUGCACAGCCCACAACCUCAGCACGUGCACUUGGCUGGAGGUGCCCCCCCGGCAGGUCCAGACGGCGCUGACUCUGCACGUCCCCGUGGGCGAUCAGUCCCUGGUGGUGUCUGUGUGCGCGGGAACACUGCUGGCGACGCUGUUCUGCUUUGGCGCGGUGGCCAGUGCCGUGUGCAAACAUGGCCUCAGACGCUAGUAUAUAAUAAAUACUCCAACACCA